AUGGUGCCUUUCUCAAAGAUACAAGAUCAAGUUAACGUGACACCAGCACAGCAAACAAAUGAGAGGUCCACAAAUUCAGUAUCUUAUCAAUUGAAGCAAGUUAUUGGGAAGGGUUCAUAUGGUAUCGUCUAUAAAGCUAUCAAUAGGAGAACGGAACAAGUCGUUGCUAUCAAAGAACUAUAUUAUAAUAAUGAUACGGAGCUUCAAGAUAUCAUGGUAGAGAUCGAUUUAUUAAAGAAUUUAGACCAUGUUAACAUCAUAAAAUAUCAUGGUUUUAUACAAAAACUGUCCAAUUUGUACAUUAUUCUCGAAUUUGCGUCCCAUGGUUCUCUUAAAAACCUAAUGAUGCAAAGACCUGAAAAGCAUUUGAAUGAAAAAGAGACUAGAAUAUACAUCAAGCAGACUAUAAAUGGGUUAGUUUAUUUGCACGAACAAGGUGUUAUCCACAGAGACAUUAAAGCAGCUAAUUUACUUUUGGAUGCCAGCAAUACCAUCAAGUUAGCAGAUUUUGGUGUAUCCACCAGUGUGGCUAAUUCUGCUAUGACAUUAGCUGGAUCAUUAAAUUGGAUGGCCCCCGAGAUUAUUACAAACAAAGGUGCUUCUACUUUGAGCGACAUCUGGUCUCUUGGUGCUACUAUUAUAGAGUUAUUGACAGGCAAUCCGCCAUUUCAUAAAUUAAUGGAUAUUAAUAUAUAUUACGCCAUUGAAAAUGAUGUAUUUUUACCACCAGAAAAUCUUUCAACCAACUGUCAAAAUAUUUUAAACCUUUGUUUUCAGAAAAAUAUGUUUAAGAGACCUUCAGCAGUUUCGUUGUUAAAGCAUCCGUGGUUAAAAGAUAUUACACAAUCAACUCAACUUCCUGAAAAUUUAGACUUUAAAUCUGCAAAAUUUCUACAGUUUAGAGAAGAUUUUGAGAAGGAUGAUCUCAAUUGGGAUGACGAUUUCAUGGAUAAUCAAAAUUUACAAAAUAUCAAACCAUCUGUUGAAUCUAGAUCUUCUUCUCCCGUUAAGGAUAAUCUAUAUCUAGACACAUUCAAUGAAAAUGACGGAACCAUUCAUGACGGGUACCAUUAUUUACAAAAACUGAAAGAUAGAGAGAAACUUAAAUCAACCAUAUUAAGCAUCCAAACUAUAUUUAAGGAUUGCAAAACGGAUCAUAUUUUAAAUGCUUUACUACCAUUGCUGAAAUGUAGUCCAGAUCAUACUGAUAUAGUAGUGUCAAUUUUAUCUUUUGAUUUUGAAUACAACAAUGCAAAAUUAAGGAAUAGAUUGGUGGAAUGUGGUGGAAUACCCUAUAUUAUUAAUAAUGAGUCCAUCAUCACGACUUGUUUUCUUAAAGACCGCACAUUUCCUUAUAAAAUUCUCUUUCAAUGUGGAGUCAUGAAUAAUAAUAAUAUUAAUAAAUUUAAAAAUAAUCCUCAAGUUUAUUUUCGUUUGCUAUACAAAUAUUUACAGGCAACCUCGCUGUCAUUUUUUUACAGCUGGUGUGAGUCGAAUUUGGAUUGUGAACUGAUAAUGGAACAUAUACAAAAUGAUAAGAAAGUACAAGCGAUUAUUUUGCGUCUGGCAUCUGUCGACUACGAAUCACAUUGGCUUCUUAAUAAGCUUGUGCCACUUUUAUGUCAACAAAAAAAUCAAGAUUCGUUUUACUCUUCUCAAGUACUGUAUACUAUUCUAAAGUCCUUAGCAUUUAUGACCCAGCACUCCCAUUGUACAAUUAUGCAUGAUAACGACGGUGACAUGAAUGAUGGUAAUUCUCUUAAUUCACAUUCUUCAAGUAGCUCACCCACAGAUAGAACAAUAUUGAUGACGCCUUCUCCUCUCAAAUUGAAUUCACCGAUCAAAAGUAACUUUAAAAAUUUUGGUGAUAGCACGAGAACUUCCAAGAUAAUACUAAAGGAUGACUUUGAAAAUUGGCUGCUAGGCUUACUAAAUCAUACGACCCUUUUUGUUAAUGAUAACGGUGAUACUUCGACUACUGGCUCGAGCACUAGUAGUAAUUCAAAUGUUGUCAAUAUCAAAAAUAACAAUAACAAUAAUAAUAUUCAUGUUUGGAAAUAUUUUACCAAAGUUUGCCUUAACACUAUUCAAAUAAACAAUAAAAACAGGUCAUUUGCCAAAUUAUUAUUUCAAAAACCGAAGUUUAUGAGCUUGAUCAAUUACAUUUUAGACCAACACGAAUUAGUGCCAAAUAAAAUGGCAACACAUCUAGCAUCCGUUCUUCAGCAGUUAUUGAAUGUAUUGAUCGAGAUCGUGAAUCUCAAUACGAUACAUCCGGAUUUUGUCCAUUUAAUAUUACGCUUUCUCCAAUUCAAAGACUUUAUAUCUGGAGGUAUAGAAAUUGUUGUGAAAAUUCUAUCAUCUAGUAGCACACUCAGUAAGGAAAACAUGAAUUUAAUUACAUUGAAAGAUUUGACGGAUGCCUUUUAUAAAUUCGAAGCCAAUAAUAUCAACUUCAACUCAUUUUUGGGGAAAUAUACUAGGUUAUGCAGUUUACAAAGGAAAUACUCGUUUUUGAGUGGGCUUUCGAAUGAAAUAAUCAUGCACCCAGGUUUUUCAAAAGACUUUAAGGUAUUUUUCAAACUAUAUGAAAACAGUCUAUUAAUUCAAAUUGAGAUAUUGAAGCUCUUGAAAGGUUUGUUUGUUACAUGUGAUAUAACCGACCCCGUUGUAGAGAAGAACUAUAAAAAGCUCGUGAAGUUUCUGAGUGCCAAUUGGGAUAAUAAAUCUAACAAAGAAACCAGACAAGUCGGAAAGGAUUCAGUUUUAAUCAUACAAUUAUGUAAUGAUAUUACCAAUUUAUAUAAAUGA